AUGAACCACACAACAGCCUACCAUUCACAAGCUAAUGGAUUAGUGGAGAGAUUUGACCACCGCCUGAAGGAAUCCCUGACAACCAGACUUAACAGGCGAAAUUGGAUUGACCAAUUCCCAUGGGUGAUGCUGGGAAUCCGCACCACUCCAAAAGAAACUCUCAACACUUCCUUCAUGGAAAUUAUGUACAGUGCUCCUCUUACAGUGCCAGGAGAGUUCCUUCCGAAUAUGAAGUCAGACCCAAAUGUCAAAAGGUACCUCGCUCAACUGAGAGACAGUGUGGGCCAGUUGCGCCCUGUUCUCAUGUCAACACACAGUACACCCAGAUCAUCUGUACCAAAUGACCUCCACACAGCUAACUUUGUGUUCAUUCAAUGUGACACACGACGAAAACCUCUCCAGUCACCCUACAAUGGUCCAUAUCAAGUCAUACGUCCGGGAGAUAAAUCAUUCUAA